UUGGUAACCGAUCAUGAGCCCCUGCUAGCCCUGAAGAAAUCUAAGGAUUACUCGGGCAUGAUCGGGCGAUGGGCAACGGUGCUGCAGAGCAUGGACUUUGACAUUCGUCACCGGAAACACGAAAGGCACGGGAAUGCGGACGGAUUGACACGACUGCACCGACCUGAGAAGGUUCCGAAGAAUGAGGAGGUGAUUCCGUGGAACGAACCGAAGAAGGAGAACGGACCUCGAUACGGCCAAGUGGAGAUCCUGUCAAAGGAUGACGACAGCCCCGCUCCGCACGUACUCACGCGAACGUUGGAUCCGUAUCUUCAGUGGAGUGUAUGCUUGGAAGAGCCUGGGGACGAAGACUCUCUACCGUCGCGGCAGGAGUAUCUGAAGCCAUACGGCAUCAUCGAUCACGCUUUCUAUCCGAAGGCAGAGGAGGUGGUGAUAGAAGAGGAGGAAAGUGACGACGACGAGGAAACAUCGGAAGAGGGAAGCUAUAGCGAGUAUAGCGAAGGCGAGCAGAGCGAAGAAGAAGAAGAAGAGGAAGAAGAAACCGGGUCUGAGUGGGAAGCCUUGCCGGAGGAAGCAACGCGUAUUGGCACGGAGGCGGAAGAUCCUGAGGCAGCGCGAAAGCAGAAAGAAAUUGCCACCGGGAAACGCCAGCUGGAAUUCGCCAGCGGAGCAAGCCUGCGCAUCGGUAACGAUCCGACCAGGGAUCCGGAGCCGUCGAAGCCCGAAGAUGGCGACCCAGCAGCCGCCACCCCAAGCCCCUCAUGGCGGAGACGAAGCCGAUCCUCCUCCCCCUCCAGCCCCACCCGUCCCCCAGUUCGUCCACGUAUCGAUGCGGGGGACAGGCCUUCGUCCCCAGACAUUAUCCCGCCGCCCCCUUGAUUACCUCACCCUCGAGCAGAUCCACACCCCCGUCACCUUCCCCCGCCACCCCUUCCCUCCCCAUCUCUUCCGUGAUUUCUACUCUAUGCGUCUAAUCGC